AUGAUCGUGGAGAGGCUGCUCAAUGUACACCACGGCGGACUGCCGAUAUCUUCUCUCGCCUUUCAGCCCCAUCCGUUACAGCAGCAGCAGCAGCAGCAACAAGAGCAGCAGACGAUGAUCGUCGAGAGGCUGCUCAAUGUACACCACGGCGGACUGCCGAUAUCUUCUCUCGCCUUUCAGCCCCAUCCGUUGUUUGUCUCCUCGCAUGCAGCAGCAAACAGCAGCAGCAGCAGCAGCAGCAGCAGCAGCAGCACUAAUGCUGGAGGUGCAGCAGGAGCGAAGCAGCGACGCCCAGCAUCCUCAGCAGCAGCAACAGCCUCGCAGCAAAAACAGCAAACCGCGACAGCAGCAACAAAGCAUGCAGCGGGGCGGCGGUACUGGCAGUAUGAACGCCUAGCAACAGCUGCUGCUGCCUCCGUGAAGAUUUGGGUGCUGCAUGCGCAUCAGCCCCACGAGGUCUCAGCAGCAACAAGAAAUGCAAAGAGACAAGCAAGCCGUGCAGCAGCAGCAGCAGCUGCUGCUGCAUCGCCCGUGAAGAAGGCGAAGACAGAUGCGCAGCAGCAGCAGCAACAGCAGCAACAGCAGCAGAGCGCUGCAGAGGAUGGGGCUGCAGCAGGAACUAACAGCAGCAGCAGCAACAGCAGCAACAGCAGCAACAGCAGCAGCAGCAGCAGCCAAGGUGUUGCAUCUUCUCAAGGUGAUAUGAAUGGUGGUGAUGGCGGCAUUUGUGGUGCAACCCAAAAAGCAGCAGCAGCAGCAAGAUCAGCAGCAGCAGCAGCAGCAAGAGCAGCAGCAGCAGCAGCAGCAAUAGAGAAACUAGGUGUUAUAGAUAACACCCCCCUCGCUCGUCUCCCCCUCACCAGAGCCACCUGCGUUUGGGCUGCAGCAAACCACAGAGCAAACGUUACAGCUAUCAAGUGGACCUGGGAUGGGGAGCUGCUAGCUACCUGCGACAGCAGCGGGGAGAUUCAUGUGUACAGCCUCAGCACGAACAGCAGCAGCAGCAGCAGCAGCAAAACGAAAACAGCAGCAGCAAGAAAGCUCCGGCUUGCGUCUCCCCCACCAGGUGCCUCGCAGCAGCAGCAGCAGCAGCAGCAGCAGCAGCAAGGUGCGGGUGCAGUGAAGCCACAAGGGGAGCUCCUAGCUACCUGCGACAGCAGCGGGGAGAUUCAUGUGUACAGCCUCAGCACGAACAGCAGCAGCAGCAGCAGCAGCAAAACCAAAACAGCAGCAGCAAGAAAGCUCCGGCUUGCGUCUCCCCCACCAGGUGCUUCGCAGCAGCAGCAGCAGCAGCAGCAGCAGCAGCAAGGUGCGGGUGCAGUGAAGCCACAAGGUACACCAAAUGCAGCUAAGACAGCAGCAAAUCCGGCUGCUGCUGCUGCUGCAGCUGCAGCUGCUGCUGCAUCCCAAUCAUCGCCCCCUCAAGGCAAGCUGAAGGGCAGCAAGGGAGCAGCAAAAGCAGCAGCAGCAGACGGCACCAAGCCAUCUGCUGCUGCAGCAGCAGCAGCAGCAGCAGCAAAAGGAACAGCAAAGAAACCAGGUGUACAGACAGCUGCGAACCCGGGCUGCUGCCUCUGCCCCUUUCUGCGCCUCUCUCACCACCCUCCCCCUGAAAGAAGUUUCUUAAGCCAGCAGCAGCAGCAGCAGCAGCAGCAGCAGCAGCAGCAGGAGCAGCAGCAGGAGCAGGAAGAGCAAGAAGACUUUGCUGCUGCAGUUGGUGCUACGGUGUACGCGGAGCGGUCAGCUGCUGCUGCUGCUGCUGCUGCUGCUGCUGCUGCUGGUGUUCGUGCUGCUGUCCUGGCUGCUGCUCCCUCUGUGUUUGCUGCUGCUGCUUUUGCUGCUGCUGCUAUUGCCUCUGUUGCUGCUUCUGUGGCACUCACCGAGGAAUGGUACCCCACGCAGCAGCAGCAGCAGCAGCAGCAGCAGGAGAGAGAGAGGCAGCAGGAGCAGCAACAGCAGCAGCAGCAGCAGCAGCAGCUGAGUGUUUCGGUGUUGACGUUCAGGUUGUCUGUGUUGCAUGUGGCUGAUGGGACUUCUUGCCUGACCUUCGGCCUUCCCCCCUCCGACGGCGGCCUCAUCAAGGGCCUCAGCUGGAGAGCAGACAAUCUGCUGCUGGCGGCUCAGACGAGCAGCAAGAAGCUGUAUUUGUGGCGCUGCAAGCCUCCGGCUGCUGGGGAGACAAAAUGGGUGAUAGAGGAGACAGGGCAACAUGACGAUGUGCUUUUGCUGUCGAUGCUAACGGCCUCAUUGAACCCCAAAUGCCGCUCUUCUUUCACGGCCACCAAACCCCAGUCAAAUCCAGUUUCGGCGACGGCAUUUUUGUAUCUUCCAAGAGGGGGAGGCCCCCAGAGCGGCAUGUUAUGUACUGCCAAGGUAACAGCAGCAGCAGCAGCAGCAGCAACAGCAGCAGCAGCAGCAGCAGCAGCAACAGUAGCAGCAGUAGCAGCAGGAACAGCAGCAGCAGCAGCAGCAGCAGCAACAGUAGCAGCAGUAGCAGCAG